AUGAAACGAGCAUCACAUUCAAACGAACAUCGUAAAAAACGCACAAAAUCGUAUCACUGCUCCAAGGAAAGAACGGGUAGUGGUGCCGGCGCUUUCCAGGUGCAACCCAACAUGAGUGGAAUCAUGGUGACCUGCACGCGAUCUAAGGAAUCUCGAGCGCAGAAGGAAGUCACUGAUUUGUUCGAAGAAUACGCCCGAAAACUUUAUUCGGAUGAUGAAUCAGAACAGAACAAAGAGGAGGAAGAGGAGGAGGAGGAGCAAUUGGAUCUGGAAGCACAAGUGGCCAAAGAAUUGGCCGAACUCAAGCAACCUGCCAAGGAUAAUAACCGGACGCUAUUUGCCAACAUUGCGACUAAUAUGGAUUGCGUAUUGUUUAUCAAGACACGCCCACCAGUCGAACCAGUUCCAUUUGUCCAUCGCAUUUUGACGGAUUUGAAAAAGGACAAGCAACAAAGAACACGCUAUACAAGUCGAUUUUUGCCAAUCGAGAAUACCUGUCAUGCCAAUAUGAAUGCCAUUGAAAAGAUGGCAGAGUUGAUCGUUGGACCCAAGUUCCAUGAUAAGCCCUCUAAAUCUUUUGCCGUGAUGUGUCGAAUUCGGAACUGUACCAAGCUUGACAGAAUGACAGUUGUGCAAACACUAGCUAAAACAGUAGGCGAGGGACAUCGUGUUGAUCUGGAGAAUCCCGAUUUGGCAAUCAUUGUGGAAAUUUGUCAAAAUAUUUGCAUGAUGUCUGUGGUGGAAGAUUUCAACGAGCUGAAAAAGUACAACUUGGAAAGCUUACUGGGAUUGAAUGACGGCGGGCCGCCACCACCGAAAAACAAAGCAUCAAAGCCAGAACAGCAAGAACACAAACAAGUGAAACAGGAUGACUAA